AUGUUCGAGCCCAGCAAACCCAAGAUCAAGACGCGGACCGUCACCAUCCUGAAGAAAGUCGCCGCGCCGCCCCCACCGCGCACGCCUGCGCCGAGCGCGAAACCAGCAAACGGCCGCACAACCGCACCGCCAGCAGCGAACCGCUACCAGCUCUCCUCGACCUCGUCGGCGCCACGGCCCCGCCACCCAGGGCAAGGCGCGCGCGAGUCGCCGGCCGUCUCGAGCAUCCGCAAGCGCAAGGUCACGCCCAGCACGCCGCCGCUGUGGGCGAGCAGCGACGAGUCCAGCGCCGACGAGGACGCCGACCGCCUGGCCGUGGGCGGCUCGAGCAAGAGGCUGAAGAGCUGUAGUAUGGAGCCUGCCGCUGCCAAUCGCCAGCUCGAGCCGGACUUGAACCGCCGCCUGCGCAUACGGCGAGACUCGGAGACGAUGGCAUGUGCGAACGCGUCGGAAGGGAAGGGAAACGGAUUGGAAGGGAAGGGAAACGGAUCGGAAGGGAAGGAGACUGGGGCGUCAGGGAAGGAUAAUGGGGCGUCAAGACAGGAGAAUGGAGCGUCAGGAAAGGAUAACGAGACGUCAGGGAAGGAGAACGGGGCGUCAGGGAAGGAUAACGAGACGUCAGGGAAGGAUAACGGGGCGUCAGGAAAGGAGAAUGGGGCCUCGGUCAGGGGGAAUGCGGCGGUAAAGGAAAACGGCGCACCAAGGGAAAACGGCGCGGACAAGAACGACCGCUCGAGAAGAGGCAGCCUGACACACGGCCUAAUGAUGACAAGAGGCGACUUUGCGAAGAACUACAAGCCCGCAUGGCCCGGCGGCGGCAAGAUCCCCACCCUCGAGCUGCAGUAUCCCAGCCCGCUGCCGCCGGAAACCUUCGAAGCCAGGGUCCCCUUCGACUCGUCCGAGUACAAUCCGCUCGGCGACAUCCAAUUUACCAUUGAGGAAAUCAUAACCCACUACCUCCCCGCCGACCUCUCCGCCUCGCUCUCCUCCGACGUGACCGGGCCCGUCCGCAAACUCAAACGCGCCGCCGCCAGCGGCACCUUUGCCGACUACCAGCUCGAGCUGAUCCGCUUCAACAAGCUCGUCAGGUCCAAGCUCGCAGACGGCACCAUACCCGCCAAGAUGGACGCCAUGCACGCCAUCCCCCUCAGUCUCGUCAAGCACAUGACCCAGCAGACGUACGCGCGCAUCGUCUCCCCGCUCUCGCACAAGCUGCGCAAAGUCAAAGGCAAAGAGACAACCUACGGCGAGCUGAUGCCCGUCUUCGUGCACAAAAUCUUCGCGCAAACCGGCCUCAACUCGUCCCACGUCUUCGUCGACCUCGGCUCCGGCGUCGGCAACGUCGUCCUGCAGUCCGCCCUGCAAACCGGCGCCGAAUCCUGGGGCAUCGAGAUCAUGGACCUGGCCGCCUCGCUCGCCACACGACAAGCGACCGAACUCAAAGCCCGCGCCCGCCUCUGGAACCUCAACAUCGGCGCCCUCCACCUCCUCAAGGGCAACUUCCUCGAGACACCCGCCAUCGACGCCGUCCUGGCCCACGCCGACGUCGUCCUCGUCAACAACAAGGUCUUUGGCGAGGAGCUGAACAACGCCCUGCUGCAGAAGUUUCUCGACUUGAAACUCGGGUGCAAGGUCGUGAGUCUCGAGUCCUUUGGUGGCGGGCUGUCCAAGGGCGUCAGGAGCGAGCAGAGCAUCGCCGGGCUGUUCGACGAGGAGCGCUUUGAGAGCGGCACCGACUGCGUGUCUUGGGCUGGCGAGAGCGUCGAGUACUUCAUCGCGGAGAAGGCGCGCUGA